UCUGCUGUGGCGGGCGCGGCGACGUGAAGGCGUGUUUAAAGAGGGGGGGAAAAAAAAAAUUAAAGUCUUGUCGAUAUUUAAUUCUUCCCAAAAACACGGAGCAUUUAUAAUGUCAGAAGACGGCGCGGAAUACAGAUCUAAUGAUCAUGGCGGUCCUGAUAGAAUGGAACCUGAGGGUGUUAUUGAGAGCAACUGGACUGAGAUUGUCGAUAACUUUGAUGACAUGAACCUUCGGGAAAACCUGCUCCGUGGAAUCUACGCUUAUGGUUUUGAGAAGCCGUCUGCCAUCCAGCAGCGAGCCAUUCUUCCCUGCAUCAGGGAGUAUGAUGUCAUUGCCCAAGCACAGUCAGGUACAGGCAAAACUGCCACAUUUGCCAUCUCUAUCUUGCAACAAUUAGAUGUGGGCCUGAAGGAGACACAAGCUUUGGUGUUGGCCCCAACAAGGGAGCUGGCCCUACAGAUUCAGAAGGUCAUAGUGGCUUUGGGUGAUUACAUGGGUGGGACCUGCUUCUCCUGCAUUGGUGGCACCAGUAUCCGAUCGGACAUGCAGAAGUUUCAGCUGGAAGCUCCCCACAUUGUGGUUGGCACUCCAGGCCGUGUGUUUGAUAUGAUGAACCGGCAGCACCUUUCUACAAGGUACAUCAAGAUGUUUGUUUUGGAUGAAGCAGACGAAAUGUUGAGCAGAGGGUUCAAGGACCAAAUAUAUGAAAUUUUCCAGAAACUCAACACAUCCAUUCAGGUGGUUUUGCUAUCUGCCACAAUGCCUUCUGAUGUGUUGGAAGUGACCAAGAAAUUCAUGCGUGACCCAAUUCGUAUUCUUGUGAAGAAAGAGGAGUUGACCCUAGAGGGAAUCCGGCAGUUCUACAUUAACGUAGAGAGAGAGGAAUGGAAGCUGGACACUUUGUGUGAUCUAUAUGAGACACUUACCAUCACACAAGCUGUUAUAUUCAUCAACACCAGGAGAAAAGUGGAUUGGCUGACUGAGAAAAUGCUUGCACGCGAUUUCACUGUUUCUGCUCUGCAUGGUGACAUGGAACAGAAGGAGAGGGAUCUCAUCAUGAGAGAGUUCCGGUCUGGGUCUAGCCGCGUUCUCAUUACUACUGACUUACUGGCUCGUGGAAUUGAUGUGCAGCAAGUGUCCUUGGUCAUCAACUAUGACCUGCCUUCCAACCGUGAGAACUAUAUUCACAGAAUUGGCCGUGGAGGCCGCUUUGGACGGAAAGGGGUUGCUAUCAACCUGAUCACUGAGGAGGAUAGGCGAACACUCCGUGACAUUGAGUCAUUCUACAACACUACUGUGGAUGAGAUGCCAAUGAAUGUUGCUGAUCUGAUCUGAUAGGGUUUCGGAGGCUGUGAAUGAGGCUGUGAAUGCUGACUGGCUUACAGUCACAGGUUCUUUUUCUUUUUACUCGGUGUUGAGUGUCACCUGGAUGCUCAAAACUGAUCAUAUUGCGUACAACACUGUUGGUGAUCAGCUUGCUUUUGGAAGCAUUCCUCUUCCUUGAAAGGUUCAGACUGGAAAUGAAGUGGGGAGAGGAAAUACUUAUGGGGUCAUUAAAGAUUCUGGGUAAGUACUUUUUCAGGCCCAGUUUUCUCUUAGAUGUAGUAGCAUUAGAUAUUUUUCAUCAUGUAACUAUGUAUUUGCGCACUCGGAAGUAUCACAGAUGUUUGAAGUCUGCCAACUACGUGAAGCCAGCUUACUUCAGGAUAAUGUUUUUGGGAUUUGGAGCGGUGGGGAUAUCAUAGAAUGUGUGCUAAUCACGGACAGAGAUCAUGUACAAAUCUUGCAUUGUCUGUAUAGUAUUUAUUAAAUGCUGUUCAAUAAAUUUGUAUUUGUUUACAUGCAUGGUCCUGGGAAUCUUCAGUGGUCUUUAACUUUGGGCUUUGGAACAGAGGUUGAAUUGACAUGUAUGUGGGAUUUGUACCCUUGAUUUUUUUUCCAGAGUGGGAAAACCUGUAGUGGGUGGUGAUGACCCUUCACUUCAUGAUGCCUGCACAGAGCUAUUACUCUGCAUGUUGAUGGUGUGGGCUGUAUAUCUUCACUCAUGUGCUUGUCAGAUUCGUAUGCACAGUGCCUGUUGGUGGGGUUUCCCACUCCAUUCCUCAUGGCCACAGUACUGUGUAUCUGUUCUUUUGUGCACCUGGAUUUGGUUGUUGCACUUUAUAAAGUCAUGUAUUAUUGAACAUUAAACUUGGUAUAAGAUUCA